AUGGAUAGUGAUAAAGAUAAAUCGAUAGAUGGAAGUGAUGAAAGUGAUUCGGAAAUCAUACGUAAAUGUGAAUUAGAACUAAGCCAAAUUGACGAUCGAAGAAUCACUCGUGAGUCUGAAAUGGAACAUGCAAACGCUGGGUUCACAACUCGAAAGCCUGAAGUGAGAUCGGAGAAGAGAAAAGCAUGUGAAGAAGAUACAAACAGCGAAGAUGGUUAUGUGACAGUUGAAAAAAGAAGACCGAAACGUCUCUUAAGAAGUAUUUCAACAGGACAGGGUCAAAAUACAACAUCGAAAGAAAUCGGAUCUAAAAAUGAGGUUUGUGUUACAUCAUUUAAAGAAUUACCAAAGCAAAUGGCGUUAGCUAAAUUAUUAAGAAGUGAGAAUAUUCUGAAUAUUGAAACAAUCAAAUAUAAGUCCCCUUUCAAAGUUUUGAUUUGCUUUCAAAGUAAUAAUGAUGCGGAAAAAUUAAUAAGUUGUAAAAAAUUUCAAGCAUUAGAGUACAAAUGUCAAAAAACUUUUGAAACCACGGUUUCUUAUGGAUUGAUUAGAGGUGUAGAUUUGGAGUUUACAGAACAAGAUAUUUUAGCAAUUUUGAAAAGUGAUACCAAAAUAUUGGCGGUAAGACGACUUAAACGACUUGAUUUAAAUAGCAAGUGGGUCGAAAGUGAAACUGUAAGGAUAUGCUUUCAAGGCACUGUUUUACCUCUUUAUGUCACGGCAUAUGAGUAUAAAUUUAAAGUGGAAAACUACACUUUUCCAGUAACACAAUGUACCGGAUGCUGGAAAUUCGGACAUAUUAUUAAAGUAUGCCCGACUAAAAAAAUUUUAUGUCCUAAAUGUGGUAGUACGGAACACAUAAACUGUGAUCUAAAAACAUACAAGUGCCUCAAUUGUAAAGGAUUACAUUUCGUUUUAGAUAAAAGAUGUCCUACGUAUCUCAAAGAAAAAGAAAUACGUAUCACUAUGAGUAAGGAAAAUAUACCUUAUAGAAAAGCUCUUCAGAUGAUUAUAAAUAAAAAUCAAAUAGAAAUGAGCAAUAACUUAAAUAUACACUCUAAAGAUACUUUUGUCAAUCAAGAGAUGACAGAACAGCCGACACAAGUUUUGGAAAACCGUGGAGCUCGAAGUUAUAGUCAGAGUAUUUUGAUGGAAUGGGGCAUCAUAAAAGAGAAAAUUCAUUGUUUUGUACGCAACUCUGGAUCUAAUACGAAACGAGCAAUGAAACUCGGCGACAUACCUGAUGUCAGUUGCACUGUACAUCAGUUGCAACUGUGUGUGCGAACAUUGUUAGAUUGUGAUGAAGAAAUUAAAGCCUUAUUAUCGAAAUGCAAAAAAAUUUCGACGAAUUUUAAUCAUUCCCAAAUAGCUCAGACUGAACUGCAAAAAAUACAAAAGGAACAACUCAACCAAGAAUGUUUGAGUGUAAUACAGGAGUGUAGUACGCGGUGGGACAGUACAUUUUAUAUGUUGGAAAGAAUGAUUAGAAUACAGGAUUCUCUAUGCCUGUAUGCAUGUAAACACAACAUCUCUCAGUUGUCUCCUGAAGAAUGGCUGCAGCUUAAAAAAAAGUGA